AUGUCAAAAUACGUCUUGACGGUGGCUCUAAGAACCAAAACGAGAAAAGGAAUGGCACUAGUUUUUCUGUACAUCAGGAAUAAAAAAGUCGAUCUCGCGACACGCAAACCCACCGAAGGAGCUGAUUUAUAUCCAGUGUGCUUCUCGAUAGAGCCCGGAUUUGACGGAUGGAUACCAAUUGAUGAUUCGCUUGAUGAGGUGUUAAAAUCACGUAUGGGAACAAAAAUUGUGGAAACACGACGAGAAUCUGGUGUACCGUCACGGUCUGAGGACAGGGAAGUAAAGCCCGCCAGCUACUCAGUUAGAUAUGAUGGAAGAUUACAUAAGGAGGCACUUGAUGUUAUAACUCGACAUCGAUAUCACGGUGACGCGUUUCUGUCCCUGUGGGAUAUGGGUGGACACAUGUCAUUUCAGGCGUCCCACAACAUAUUCAUAUCAUCCCACGGGGUAUACAUAAUAGUCUUCAGACCCACAGAUUUUCUCAAAGACAAGCUGGAAACUGAUCGACUGAAGAAAUGGAUCCGUCUGAUUGGCACGUUUUCAAAGCGUGAAGUCAAUGCCCCAAAGCCCAGUACAGAAAAUAUGCCUCCGUCAAACACCAGUACAGAAAAGAUGCCUCCAUCAAACACCAGUACAGAAAAGAUGCAAGCACCUCCGCUUAUUUUCGUAGGCACAUUCCUUGAUGAGUUAAAGAAAACAUCAAAGGACUACAAAAAACAAAUAGAUAACAUACAGAAUCACAUCUCCAAAUUCCCAGAACUGUCAACCUUUGAUUUUGUGAGGUUCUGUACAGUCGAUAACAGCCUCGACAAUGAUGAUGAAGAGCUAAAAACAUUGCGAGGAUUCACCACAGAAGCAGCGGAGUACCAGGACCAGUGGGAAAGAGAGAUUCCUACGACAUGGUUAAAGUUGGAAUUGGAUUUAUUCAACAAGAGGGAAAAGGGGGAAAGAAUAUUGGCACUGGCAGACGUGAUACAAAUGAACAAAGAAUCAGUGGCUCCAUUGAAGGAUGAGGAUGAGAUCAGACUUGCGCUGGAGUACCUCCACAGCACAAGGUCUGUGAUAUAUUUCCGGGAAUUCGAUUACGUCAUCAAUGACCCCCAGUGGCUUGCAGAUUUCUUCAGCAUCCUAAUUACCGAUGACCAGUUUCUCCAACACAAUGACCUCCUGCUGAGACGAGACUUAGAUUUAUACAAAGCAAAGGGCGAAUUGACUGAGAAAUUGAUCGCAGGUCUGCUCGGUGUAGAAAAGAACAAAAAAUUCGCGCCCUUUAAGACCGUUCUCUUGGCUCUGAUGGAAAAGUUUGGCCUGAUAGUGAAAGUUUUGCUGCCGAAAACCGCUACAGAAAAUAGACAUUUCAGUGAGACUUAUACCAUUCCAAGCAAGAUAAGGGAGCUCCAAAACAUCGAUUGGAUUUCCGAUAAAGUCAAUUCACUCAAAUGUCAAAAUCUCGCGGUCUCCAAAACGUUGUGUUUUGUAUUUGAGGAGGUCUAUGUACCAACCGAACUGUUUCAUAGAGUAUUUGCUCAUGUCCUCAAGACAUAUCCAACAGCAGAUUUGUCAACACGAAGCUCGGAGAAAGCAGCAGAAGAAAGCAAAAGGUCGACAGAGGAUACAGAUUGUCUGUAUAUGGGAUUUGGGUGUUUCGAGGUCAACGACAUUUGCAGAAUGAUCUUGUCCAUGCAUGCUGAGAGAUCCACAAUUGCCGUGACAGUGUUCAGUCCUACAGAAUCUCACCUUCCGGCAUAUUCUGGAAAACAUGUUCGCCUCUCAAUCGAACGUAUUCUUCGGGAAACAUUACAAAUGAGUAAGCAGGAACACUUUCAUUACUCACACCAACUACACUGCAACUUUCACCUGAGUCCAUAUGACACCCCAGUACAACUGUACGGCAUCAUCCGUUCAAAAAAGGGCGUAUGCUGUAAAGGGGGAGAAUGUCAAGGACAACAUCUUCUGACAAAAGCAGACACUGAGUAUUGGGAUGUCAAAGAGGAUUCCACAAAGACACAAGAUAGAGAAAGCAUUACAGGAACGACCUUGGUGGACAAAUGCAUUCCAAAUCGAAGGCCAACUCCCCGGGAACUUGGUCGCCUGUCAAGUCUGGUUACACUGUCUUCCUAUAGAAUGUUUGUAUCCCUUGGGAUUUCUGAAGCAGAACUCCAAACUAUCAAGGAAAAGUCACAAAUGUUAGCGGGAAAAACGAUAAUCACGAAGAUGUUUCUAAAAUGGACUAGCGAAUACCAUAAUGGGACCUUCCAUGACAUCAAAAAGGCUAUGGAUGAAGCUGAAUUGGCAUCUGACCGCAUGUCGGAAGUAAUAGAAGCAAACGAGGGGUCAUCGUGUCAAGAUAGUGUUCCCAAUGAGGUCUGGAUCAGAGUCCCUUCUGAUGAUGAGAUAACAGAAAUAGUGAGACACAUUGGUGAGACGUACUUCAACCUGUGUCUUGAGCUCGGGCUGUCACCGCCAGUUAUAGAGCAACACGUACACGACCGACCGAACAACUUCCAGGAAAUGAUGGAUGCCCUUCUUCGGUGCUGGAAAAACACAUUCCAGCAGCAGGCAACAAUAGGCAGGCUGUUGACAGCAAUGGAAAUGUGUGACAUUGACUGGUAUACAAUUGCACAACACUUGUCAAGGAAAGUUCGGAGGAUCAACUGACUUGUGAUUGAAUCAGUAUACAACUAUUACACAUGAUAUAUACUUUCAGAAUGAAAUUAUUCUCUGAAAUACUGAAAAAAGCACAAAUCAGUUAUAAAUAAUACCCAUCUCACUAACGGAAGCUUAAAUCAGUUAAUCAAGACCCAUUGAUAUUUAUUCACAAAUGGAAUAUUAAAAUAUUGUGUGAUGUGCUGGAAAAAAAUCAAAAGCGAAAAAAAAAAUAAACAAACAAAAGGAAACAAAAUGUAUCCGCGAUAUAAAAAAGAAAUCACGAAAAAGCGAGUACAAAUCGUAUCUCGAAUUAUGUUUUUUCUUUAUCGUCUCAUCGGAAACAAUCUAAACAAUCUUGCUUUUAGUUUGAUUUUAUUAUUGUAUAGUAUAAUGACACAGAAAUGUAAAUGUGAAAUAUGUAUUUGUACCUUUUAUCAUUAUCGCUGACUCAUGAACCUGUUCUAUGUGUUAUUAUUAUGCGGUGGCUGGGUUAUAUAUGGUUUAUAGGGAACAACAAACCAAUUGAAAAAAUAAAUAGAUUUUUGAAAAAGCACUUGUGUAUAGAAAGUUGAGCCAAGGAUAAAA